AUGUGCAAGUUCACCAAUCGGCUGUUCGUCUUCGCCCUGUUGCUUCUGGCGCUGGGUGGUAGUCUGGCCCAACCCGCUAGUGGAAGGAGGAACGUGGUCAGCGACCUGCUGGAGGUAUUGUACGAAGACUACAACGACAACGAUUUCCAGCGGGAGGAUGUGUUCUACGAUCAGCGGCAAAAGGGUGCUGAAAACCUGCAGCUGAGUGUGGAUGGGGUUGUCAUCGGAAUGUCUCCCCAAAUGGGUCCAAACUUGCUUUACUCAAUGGCCGCAAAGUACUUGAGUGAAAUGAUGCUGCGUAAAUCUACCACCGAGCCAGAUAUCGACGAGUUAUUCGAAGAUGAUCCUGUCACAAAGAAGACAGAGCUGCCGUCUGCUGCCAGUGAGAGCUCCACAAAACUCCCAGAACACGCCAAUAGAGAUCUAGAAAGUAAACAGCAACACAUUGUAUCGCCACAGAACUCCAGUCUUAAUCCAUCAUUGCAAAUGCUGAGUUUGCUGAAGAUGCUUAAAAGUUCAAAGGCCUAAAUGCCA